CAACAGAACAAACAUGAACAGCCUCUUCUCCAGGUACAAGGAUGUCCAGGUGAAGAGCAUUGAGCAGACGGUGAACCAUGCUGAGAAGUACCUGGGUGAGAUCUGCUCCCUGCUAGCCUCCUACACCAGGAAAACAGCCAAGCUCAGAGACAAGGCAGACCUGCUGGUGGCUCAACUCUUUGAAUUCUCCAGCACAGAAGACCAAGAGCUCCAGAUUGGCCUAAAAAACCUGGCUGAAGACCUGGCCAUGGUGCAGGACUACAGACAGGCUCAGGUAGAGAGAAUGGAGAUGAAAGUUGUUGCUCCCCUGCAAGCCUAUGGAAACAUAGUCAAAAAUAAAAGGGUAGAUCUGAAGAAGCUCAGCACUGAUCUGAACAGAGAGCUGAAGGAGUUGCAGAAACUGGAGAAAAUGCGAUUGAGGAACCCAGCAGACCGACAGAGCAUUUCACAGGCAGAAGCAAAUGCUCAGAAGGCUUCCAGCAAUGCACAGCAUAGUAUCAGACAACUGGAGGAGACCAUUACAGACUUCCAGAGACAGAAGCUGGAGGAUAUCAAAAGGGUUUUCACAGACUUCAUCACAGUGGAGAUGCUCUUCCAUGCUAAAGUGCUGGAGGUCUAUACACACACAUACCACAACCUGGAGGCAAUGAACACUCAAAAGGAUCUGGAGCUGUUCAUUGGACGGAUCAAGCUGUCCGACUCUCCAGCUCGGCGCCUGGACACCCCUCAGAGCAGCUACUCUUCUCCCCUCAUGAGAUACCCCAGUCCUACACUGGCCUCCCCCAAAGGCCAAAGCCUCAGGUCAACACUGGCCUCUUCCCCAGGCCAAAACCCCCGACAGCAACACAGCCAGUACACAGAAACAACCAGGAGGUUUCGCAGCACCUUACAUCGCCAGAGAGGCAUGGAGGAGAAGGAAGAGCUGGAGGAUGAAGAAGAGGAUGAAGAAGAAGAAGAAGAAGAGGAAGAGAUGUAUGAAUCAGAGCUAGAGGAGGGUCAGCACACCAGCAGACAGUCUUAUGCUGCUCAAUAUGCCAAGAUGCGCAGAUUGCAAAAGUAACAGCCUGUGCACAGAAACAUACACAUAUACACAGACACAACUUAUACAUAGUGCUGCAUAAAUGGAAACACUGUGUUGUUAUGUAGUUUCCUUCAUGCUGAAAUAGAUACAGUGUUUACUGUACAGUUUUAUUUCAACACUUUACAUUAUUGUUGUCAACGGGUGCAGUCUUUCCAAAUAAUGUUCAUACAAUAUUAAUA